AUGGGCAGAAGAAGUCGUUCUAGGAGCAGAAGCAGAAGUAAAGAUAAAAAGAAGGAUAAGCAUUCAUCCCACUCUUCAUCCACUCGUGACCGCGAAAAGCAAAAGGAACUCGAGCGCAAAGAGAAGGAAGCAAAAAAGAGGAGUAGAUUUUCUGAUGUUCCCCUCAAUGAUUCAACAGCAUUUAGCAACAAGUUCUCCAGCAGUUUUAGUGGCAACGGAUCUGGUGGCGCAAAUUCAUCAUGGUAAUAAUAAAAUUAGUAAUAUUCACCUAAUAAAGAAGAAGGUCCCACAGACAUCCAAACAUUGAUUGAGUAGGCCAAGCGUACUGCUUAGUUAAAUGAAGCAUUUGGCAAGGUUCCUCAGGACAGGCCAAUCUAAGACUUUGCUGCUGGGUCAGAUCUUUUAGGUGGUCUUUCCAUUCCAGGCUUAUCUAUAGUGAAUGGCGUAGGUAUUAACACAACUCCUAAACCAGUCACUGCAGCCUAGACUAUUGUCAGAAAUAUAGAUAUCCCACAAGAUAAUAAUUUCAACUAUGUAGGUCUGAUACUUGGACCUAAGGGAUCUAAUCAAAAACGCAUUUAGGAAAAAACACGCUGCAGGAUUAUUAUAAAGUCAGAUUAAAUACCUCCUCAUGUUUAAAUAGCAGGUUCUUCAGAAAAAGACGUAGCAGAAGCUUGUUGCGAAAUAGAGCGUAUUCUUUUCAGUGAUGAAGAAACAAGAAAUAAGAUUAAAAGCGAGUAGCUUAAGGAAGUAGCAGAUAUGAAUAACUCAGUAUAAUAAAACAGACUUGUCGUUAGGGUUCCACAGAAUUUCGUUGGAUUAAUCCUCGGCAAGGGUGGUGAAACUAUUCGCUCCAUUAAGACUCAAUGUGGAGCAAGCUACAUAUAAAUGGAUUCUAACUAAGUUUAAGGAGAGGAAUAUAAGAAUUUUACAGUUUUUGGUACUUAGGAAUAGUGUGAAAAGGCAUAAAAAUUAAUUUUUGAUUAUAUAGAAUCUUACAAAUCAAAUUCAAAGAAAGAAAUCUUUGAAGUACCAGUUGAAUUAGUUGGAGGUUUUAUUGGAAAGAGCGGAUGCAACAUACAAAAUAUAAAUAAAUCUAGUGGUGCCCGUUUGAUAAUGAACAACAAUAAUGAAACUGUUAGAGGAAACAAGUUGUUCGAAAUCGUCGGAAACGCACAACAGAUUCAAAACGCCAUCCACUUAGCUUAGAAUUUAUUAGAUCAAUUAAAAAGCACACAUUAGGGAUAAUUUGGAGGCGGUGCCGCCAUGCAAGGUUACAACAAUAACAACAGCAACUACCUUCCCAAUGGCCAGAGAGACCCUAAUGGUGGUCAUGGAAGUAGCGAGAGAGGUGAUGAUCGUAACAGAAACGAACAUUCUCAAUAAAAUUAUUAUUAAGGCAUGCAGCCAUAAUAGAUGAUGGGACAAGAUCCAUAGUAACUUUAAUAGCAUUAUUAACAAUAGCAGAUGCUUAUGUAACAAUACUACUAGCAAUAGCUUUACUACCAAUAAUACUAUCAGUAAAUGGCAAAUCCGCAAAUAGAAGAAAUUACUAUUGAUUAAUCAAAGAGAUGA